GUCGGGAUUAUCCCAAAAGAAGCAUCAUGGGUUGGUCUGCAAGACUUGCGUUACCUUUGCUGGCUCUGUUGUUCUGCUCUCAGGGCAUUCCUGCUCUGGGGCAAAGCAUCAGUCCAUGGUCAAACCCGUCAAUAGCAGAAAAUUUCAUUGGAGCGUUUCUUGGAACUGUAUCAACUAAGGGAGCCUUCUUAGCCAGUGAGUUGGAAGAUAUGGCUUCAAUUGCUGAGACUGUCAUGUCAGCAAUGGACAAGAUGGCAAGAUCCAACAAGAGCUCAAAAUCCAAGCUUCAAGCAUUGAACAUGGCUUUUGCUUCUUCCGUCGCGGAGAUCGCUGUGGCUGAAGCAGGAGGUCUAGGAAUCGACGCAAAGACCAAUGCCAUUGCCGAUUCUCUAGCUCAAGCAUUUUUGCAAACCAUUGGAGUUAUUGACAACCAAUUUAUUAAUGAAAUUAGACAGCUUAUUAUCAUGUUCGCUCAAGCAAAUGCCAAUGAAAUAGAAGGAGCUUCCGCAUCAGCAUCAGCCGGAGGAUACGGACCUGGACCUCAAGGCCCACAAGGACCACAAGGUCCAAGUUAUGGCCCAGGACCAUCAUCGGUUUCAAUCUCACUGGUUGGACCAAGCGGACCAGGACCACAAGGACCACAAAGACCAGGACCACAAGGUCCAGGACCUCAAGCGCCACAAGGACCAGGACCCCAAGUACAACAAGGACCAGGACCCCAAGGACCACAAGGACCAAGUUAUGGACCAGGAGCAUCAUCUGUGUCAAUCUCAGUGACUGGACCAGGUGGUUAUGGACCAGGUAGACAAGCACAACAAGGACCAGGUUAUGGACCAGGCUCAUCAGCCGCAGCAGCAGCAGCAGCAGCAGGUUCUGGACCAGGACAACAAGGACCAGGACAGCAAGGACCAUCAGGUUAUGGACCAGGUGCAGCAGCAGCAGCAGCAGCAGGUUCUGGACCCGGACAACAAGGCCCAGGACAAGGACCAGGAGGUUAUGGACCAGGUGCUGCGGCAGCAGCAGCAGCAGCAGGUUCUGGACCAGGACAACAAGGCCCAGGACAAGGACCAGGUGGUUAUGGACCAAGCUCAGCAGCAGCAGCAGCAGCAGCUGCAGGUUCUGGACCAGGACAACAAGGCCCAGGACAAGGACCAGGUGGUUAUGGACCAGGUGCAGCAGCAGCAGCAGCAGCAGGUUCUGGACCAGGACAACAAGGCCCAGGACAAGGACCAGGAGGUUAUGGACCAGGUGCAGCAGCAGCAGCAGCAGCAGCAGCAGGUUCUGGACCAGGACAACAAGGACCGGUAGGUUACGGACCAGGAGGUUAUGGACCAGGUGCAGCAGCAGCAGCAGCAGCAGCAGGUUCUGGACCAGGACAACAAGGCCCAGGACAAGGACCAGGUGGUUAUGGACCAGGCUCAGCAGCCGCAGCAGCUGCAGCUGCAGGUUCUGGACCAGGACAAAGAGGCCCAGGACGACAAGGACCAGGAGGUUAUGGACCAGGUGCAGCAGCAGCAGCAGCAGCUGCAGGUUCUGGACCAGGACAACAAGGCCCAGGACGACAAGGACCAGGAGGUUAUGGACCAGGUGCAGCAGCAGCAGCAGCAGGUUCUGGACCAGGACAACAAGGCCCAGUACAAGGACCAGGUGGUUAUGGACCAGGCUCAGCAGCAGCAGCAGCUGCAGCUGCAGGUUCUGGACCAGGACAACAAGGCCCUGGACGACAAGGACCAGGAGGUUAUGGACCAGGUGCAGCAGCAGCAGCAGCAGCUGCAGGUUCUGGACCAGGACAACAAGGCCCAGGACGACAAGGACCAGGAGGUUAUGGACCAGGUGCAGCAGCAGCAGCAGCAGCAGCAGGUUCUGGACCAGGACAACAAGGCCCAGGACGACAAGGACCAGGAGGUUAUGGACCAGGUGCAGCAGCAGCAGCAGCAGCAGGUUCUGGACCAGGACAACAAGGCCCAGGACAAGGACCAGGAGGUUAUGGACCAGGUGCAGCAGCAGCAGCAGCAGCUGCAGGUUAUGGACCAGGACAACAAGGCCCAGGACGACAAGGACCAGGAGGUUAUGGACCAGGUGCAGCAGCAGCAGCAGCAGCUGCAGGUUCUGGACCAGGACAACAAGGCCCAGGACGACAAGGACCAGGAGGUUAUGGACCAGGUGCAGCAGCAGCAGCAGCAGCAGCAGGUUCUGGACCAGGACAACAAGGCCCAGGACAAGGACCAGGUGGUUAUGGACCAGGUGCAGCAGCAGCAGCAGCAGCAGCAGCAGGUUCUGGACCAGGACAACAAGGCCCAGGACAAGGACCAGGAGGUUAUGGACCAGGUGCAGCAGCAGCAGCAGCAGCAGCUGGAGGUUCUGGACCAGGACAACAAGGCCUAGGACGACAAGGACCAGGAGGUUAUGGACCAGGUGCAGCAGCAGCAGCAGCAGCAGCAGGUUCUGGACCAGGACAACAAGGCCCAGGACGACAAGGACCAGGAGGUUAUGGACCAGGUGCAGCAGCAGCAGCAGCAGCUGCAGGUUAUGGACCAGGACAACAAGGCCCAGGACGACAAGGACCAGGAGGUUAUGGACCAGGUGCAGCAGCAGCAGCAGCAGCAGGAGGUUCUGGACCAGGACAACAAGGCCCAGGACAAGGACCAGGAGGUUAUGGACCAGGUGCAGCAGCAGCAGCAGCAGCUGCAGGUUCUGGACCUGGACAACAAGGCCCAGGACGACAAGGACCAGGAGGUUAUGGACCAGGUGCAGCAGCAGCAGCAGCAGCAGCAGGUUCUGGACCAGGACAACAAGGCCCAGGACGACAAGGACCAGGAGGUUAUGGACCAGGUGCAGCAGCAGCAGCAGCAGCAGCAGGUUCUGGACCAGGACAACAAGGCCCAGGACGACAAGGACCAGGAGGUUAUGGACCAGGUGCAGCAGCUGCAGCAGCAGCAGGUUCUGGACCAGGACAACAAGGCCCAGGACAAGGACCAGGUGGUUAUGGACCAAGCUCAGCAGCAGCAGCAGCUGCAGGUUCUGGACCAGGACAACAAGGCCCAGGACAAGGACCAGGUGGUUAUGGACCAGGUGCAGCAGCAGCAGCAGCAGCAGCAGCAGGUUCUGGACCAGGACAACAAGGCCCAGGACAAGGACCAGGAGGUUAUGGACCAGGUGCAGCAGCAGCAGCAGCAGCUGGAGGUUCUGGACCAGGACAACAAGGCCUAGGACGACAAGGACCAGGAGGUUAUGGACCAGGUGCAGCAGCAGCAGCAGCAGCAGCAGGUUCUGGACCAGGACAACAAGGCCCAGGACGACAAGGACCAGGAGGUUAUGGACCAGGUGCAGCAGCAGCAGCAGCAGCAGGUUCUGGACCAGGACAACAAGGCCCAGGACGACAAGGACCAGGAGGUUAUGGACCAGGUGCUGCAGCAGCUGCAGCAGCAGCAGGUUCUGGACCAGGACAACAAGGCCCAGGACAAGGACCAGGAGGUUAUGGACCAAGCUCAGCAGCAGCAGCAGCAGCAGCUGCAGGUUCUGGACCAGGACAACAAGGCCCAGGACGACAAGGACCAGGAGGUUAUGGACCAGGUGCAGCAGCAGCAGCAGCAGCUGCAGGUUCUGGACCAGGACAACAAGGCCCAGGACGACAAGGACCAGGAGGUUAUGGACCAGGUGCUGCAGCAGCAGCAGCAGCAGCAGGUUCUGGACCAGGACAACAAGGCCCAGGACAAGGACCAGGUGGUUAUGGACCAAGCUCAGCAGCAGCAGCAGCAGCAGCUGCAGGUUCUGGACCAGGACAACAAGGCCCAGGACAAGGACCAGGUGGUUAUGGACCAGGUGCAGCAGCAGCAGCAGCAGCAGCAGCAGGUUCUGGACGAGGACAACAAGGCCCAGGACAAGGACCAGGAGGUUAUGGACCAGGUGCAGCAGCAGCAGCAGCAGCUGCAGGUUAUGGACCAGGACAACAAGGCCCAGGACGACAAGGACCAGGAGGUUAUGGACCAGGUGCAGCAGCAGCAGCAGCAGCAGCAGGUUCUGGACCAGGACAACAAGGUCCAGGACAAGGACCAGGUGGUUAUGGACCAAGCUCAGCAGCAGCAGCAGCAGCUGCAGGUUCUGGACCAGGACAACAAGGCCCAGGACGACAAGGACCAGGAGGUUAUGGACCAGGUGCAGCAGCAGCAGCAGCAGGUUCUGGACCAGGACAACAAGGCCCAGGACAAGGACCAGGUGGUUAUGGACCAAGCUCAGCAGCCGCAGCAGCUGCAGCUGCAGGUUCCGGACCAGGACAACAAGGCCCAGGACGACAAGGCCCAGGAGGUUAUGGACCAGGUGCAGCUGCAGCAGCAGCAGCAGCAGCAGGUUCUGGACAAGGACAACAAGGACCAGUAGGUUACGGCCCAGGACCUGCAUCAGCAGCAGCUGCAGCUGCAGGUUCCGGACCAGGACAACAAGGCCCAGGACGACAAGGACCAGGAGGUUAUGGACCAGGUGCAGCAGCAGCAGCAGCAGCAGCAGCAGGUUCUGGACCAGGACAACAAGGCCCAGGACAAGGACCAGGUGGUUAUGGACCAAGCUCAGCAGCAGCAGCAGCUGCAGCUGCAGGAUCUGGACCAGGACAACAAGGCCCAGGACGACAAGGACCAGGAGGUUAUGGACCAGGUGCAGCAGCAGCAGCAGCAGCUGCAGGUUAUGGACCAGGACAACAAGGCCCAGGACGACAAGGACCAGGAGGUUAUGGACCAGGUGCAGCAGCAGCAGCAGCAGCAGGUUCUGGACCAGGACAACAAGGCCCAGGACAAGGACCAGGAGGUUAUGGACCAGGUGCUGCAGCAGCAGCAGCAGCAGCAGGUUCUGGACCAGGACAACAAGGCCCAGGACAAGGACCAGGUGGUUAUGGACCAAGCUCAGCAGCAGCAGCAGCUGCAGCUGCAGGAUCUGCACCAGGACAACAAGGCCCAGGACCACAAGGACCAGGAGGUUAUGGACCAGGUGCAGCAGCAGCAGCAGCAGCAGCAGGUUCUGGACCAGGACAACAAGGCCCAGGACGACAAGGACCAGGAGGUUAUGGACCAGGUGCAGCAGCAGCAGCAGCAGCAGGUUCUGGACCAGGACAACAAGGCCCAGGACAAGGACCAGGUGGUUAUGGACCAAGCUCAGCAGCAGCAGCAGCAGCAGCUGCAGGUUCUGGACCAGGACAACAAGGCCCAGGACGACAAGGACCAGGAGGUUAUGGACCAGGUGCAGCAGCAGCAGCAGCAGCAGGUUCUGGACCAGGACAACAAGGCCCAGGACAAGGACCAGGAGGUUAUGGACCAGGUGCAGCAGCUGCAGCAGCAGCAGGUUCUGGACCAGGACAACAAGGCCCAGGACAAGGACCAGGAGGUUAUGGACCAGGUGCUGCAGCAGCAGCAGCAGCAGCAGGUUCUGGACCAGGACAACAAGGCCCAGGACAAGGACCAGGUGGUUAUGGACCAAGCUCAGCAGCAGCAGCAGCAGCAGCUGCAGGUUCUGGACCAGGACAACAAGGCCCAGGACAAGGACCAGGUGGUUAUGGACCAGGUGCAGCAGCAGCAGCAGCAGCAGCAGCAGGUUCUGGACCAGGACAACAAGGCCCAGGACAAGUACCAGGAGGUUAUGGAGCAGGUGCAGCAGCAGCAGCAGCAGCUGGAGGUUCUGGACCAGGACAACAAGGCCUAGGACGACAAGGACCAGGAGGUUAUGGACCAGGUGCAGCAGCAGCAGCAGCAGCAGCAGGUUCCGGACCAGGACAACAAGGCCUAGGACGACAAGGACCAGGAGGUUAUGGACCAGGUGCAGCAGCUGCAGCAGCAGCAGGUUCUGGACCAGGACAACAAGGCCCAGGACAAGGACCAGGAGGUUAUGGACCAGGUGCUGCAGCAGCAGCAGCAGCAGCAGGUUCUGGACCAGGACAACAAGGCCCAGGACAAGGACCAGGUGGUUAUGGACCAAGCUCAGCAGCAGCAGCAGCAGCUGCAGGUUCUGGACCAGGACAACAAGGCCCAGGACAAGGACCAGGUGGUUAUGGACCAGGUGCAGCAGCAGCAGCAGCAGCAGCAGCAGGUUCUGGACCAGGACAACAAGGCCCAGGACAAGGACCAGGAGGUUAUGGAGCAGGUGCAGCAGCAGCAGCAGCAGCUGGAGGUUCUGGACCAGGACAACAAGGCCUAGGACGACAAGGACCAGGAGGUUAUGGGCCAGGUGCAGCAGCAGCAGCAGCAGGUUCUGGACCAGGACAACAAGGCCCAGGACAAGGACCAGGUGGUUAUGGACCAAGCUCAGCAGCAGCAGCAGCUGCAGCUGCAGGUUCCGGACCAGGACAACAAUUCCCAGGACGACAAGGCCCAGGAGGUUAUGGACCAGGUGCAGCUGCAGCAGCAGCAGCAGCAGGAGGUUCUGGACCAGGACAACAAGGACUAGUAGGUUACGGACCAGGACCAGCAUCAGCAGCAACUGCAGCUGCAGGUUCUGGACCAGGACAACAAGGCCCAGGACGACAAGGACCAGGAGGUUAUGGACCAGGUGCAGCAGCAGCAGCAGCGGCUGCAGGUUAUGGACCAGGACAACAAGGCCCAGGACGACAAGGACCAGGAGGUUAUGGACCAGGUGCAGCAGCAGCAGCAGCAGCAGCAGGUUCCGGACCAGGACAACAAGGCCCAGGACAAGGACCAGGUGGUUAUGGACCAGGCUCAGCAGCAGCAGCAGCUGCAGCUGCAGGUUCCGGACCAGGACAACAAGGCCCAGGACGACAAGGCCCAGGAGGUUAUGGACCAGGUGCAGCUGCAGCAGCAGCAGCAGCAGGAGGUUCUGGACCAGGACAACAAGGACCAGUAGGUUACGGCCCAGGACCUGCAUCAGCAGCAGCUGCAGCUGCAGGUUCCGGACCUGGACAACAAGGCCCAGGACGACAAGGACCAGGAGGUUAUGGACCAGGCGCAGCAGCAGCAGCAGCAGCAGCAGGUUCUGGACCAGGACAACAAGGCCCAGGACAAGGACCAGGUGGUUAUGGACCAAGCUCAGCAGCAGCAGCAGCAGCUGCAGCUGCAGGUUCUGGACCAGGACAACAAGGGCCAGGACGACAAGGACCAGGAGGUUAUGGACCAGGUGCAGCAGCAGCAGCAGCAGCAGCAGGUUCUGGACCAGGACAACAAGGCCCAGGACAAGGACCAGGUGUUUAUGGACCAAGCUCAGCAGCAGCAGCAGCUGCAGCUGCAGGUUCCGGACCAGGACUACAAGGCCCAGGACGACAAGGACCAGGAGGUUAUGGACCAGGUGCAGCAGCAGCAGCAGCAGCAGGUUCUGGACCAGGACAACAAGGCCCAGGACAAGGACCAGGUGGUUAUGGACCAAGCUCAGCAGCAGCAGCAGCUGCAGCUGCAGGUUCCGGACCAGGACUACAAGGCCCAGGACGACAAGGCCCAGGAGGUUAUGGACCAGGUGCAGCAGCAGCAGCAGCAGGUUCUGGACCUGGACAACAAGGACCAGUAGGUUACGGACCAGGACCAGCAUCAGCAGCAGCUGCAGCUGCUGGUUCCGGACCAGGACAACAAGGCCCAGGACGACAAGGACCAGGAGGUUAUGGACCAGGUGCAGCAGCAGCAGCAGCAGCAGCAGCAGGUUCUGGACCAGGACAACAAGGCCCAGGACGACAAGGACCAGGAGGUUAUGGACCAGGUGCAGCAGCAGCAGCAGCAGCUGCAGGUUAUGGACCAGGACAACAAGGCCCAGGACGACAAGGACCAGGAGGUUAUGGACCAGGUGCAGCAGCAGCAGCAGCAGCAGCAGGUUCAGGACCAGGACCACAAGGCCCAGGACAACAAGGACCAGCUGGUUAUGGACCAAGCUCCGCAGCCGCAGCCGCUGCCGCAGCAGGAGGUUACGGACCAGGUCCACAAGUGCCUGGACAACAAGGACCCAGAGGUUACGGACCAGUUGCAUCUGCUUCAGCAGCCGCUGCUUCUUCCAUUUCUCGACUAAAUUCUCCAGCCUCUACUUCCAGAGUAGCUUCGGCUGUUUCUUCCCUUGCUUCCGCUGGUACCCCAAGUGUUGGUUCUCUCUCUAGCGUUAUUUCAAGCCUGUCCUCAUCGGUUAGUGCUUCUAACCCUGGUUUGUCAGGAUGUGAAUUAUUAACGCAAGUACUUCUCGAAGUUGUUUCUGCUCUUGUUGCACUGCUUGGCUCCGCUCGCGUCGGACCAGUUGAUGUUUCUUCUUCCCAACAAUAUGCGGGAUUAGUUAGCAGUGCUAUUGCUCAAGCACUUUAAACUUUUUGAAUAUACAUUUGCAUUGUAAUGCUCUGAACACUUUGUAUUUUAAAUGUUAAUAAAUACAAAAAGUUUCAAUUAAA